AAAAUGGGAAAACCAGCUGGGUAUUGGGUGAAUAAGAUUAGGACAUCAUUCAAAGGAGGAUCAUCGUCAAGCAAAUCACUAGAUGAAGGAAGUGGUUCUGGUUCUAGAAAGAACGGUUCUAAGCAUAGUAAGAAUCAGAAAACAGAGGAAGGUAAUAAGAAUGGUGAAGCUGAGAGUGGGAGGAAAGUGAUUGUUGUUGUGGACACAACUUCACAGUCAAAAAAUGCUCUUCAGUGGGCAUUAACACAAUGUGUUCAAGAUGAAGACAAUAUCACUCUCCUUCAUGUCAUAAAAACACCUGUAGGACAAGGUACAGAUGAGACACAAAAUGAGAGAAAGUCAAGGGCUCAUGAACAAGUUCAUCCACUGAAGAACUUUUGUCAACUCAAGAAACCUAAUGUGAAGACGGAGAUAGUGGUGGUUGAAACAGCGGAAGAGAAAGGGAAGGCGAUAGUGGAGGAAUCAAAGAAACAAGGAGCUGGAGUUUUGGUUUUAGGGCAGAGAAAAAGAACUUCCAAGUGGCGUGUGAUAUGGAAGUGGCGUGCGAAGGGAGGAAUUGGAGGAGGAGUUGUUGAGUAUUGUAUUCAUAACUCCGAGUGUAUGGCUAUUGCCGUAAGGAAGAAAAGUAACAAUGGAGGUUACUUGAUCACCACGAAACGUCACAAAGAUUUCUGGCUCUUGGCCUAGUUUUUAUUAUU